CCCGUCCCGCCGCCGCUGGCCCGGCCAUGCUGCCACACCAUGGCCUCUACGGAGCAGGACGCGCUGGCCCUGCGGGAGCAGCUCUUCCAUGAGCGGGUCCGCGAGUGCAUCAUCUGCACCCUGCUCUUCACCAGCCUCUACAUCCUCUGCCACUUCAUUAUAACCCACUUCAAGAAGCACACGGACUUCGCAGCAGAGCACGAUGAUGAGGAUGCUGCUGUCAACAGGAUCGCGCUGGGGCUUUGCACCUUCACCCUGGCUGUGGCACUGGGUGCUGUCCUCCUCCUGCCCUUCUCCAUCAUCAGCAAUGAGGUGCUGCUCUCCUUCCCCCGCAACUAUUACAUCCAGUGGCUCAAUGGGUCCCUUGUCCAUGGCCUCUGGAACUUGGUCUUCCUCUUCUCCAAUCUGUCCCUUGUCUUCCUCAUGCCCUUUGCCUACUUUUUCACCGAGUCCGAGGGCUUUGCAGGAUCCAAGAAGGGCAUUGUGGCCAGGGUGUACGAGACCUCAGUGGUGCUUCUGCUGCUGACGCUGCUGGUGCUGGGUAUGGUCUGGGUGGCCUCUGCCAUCAUGGGCAACAACGCGGCCAGUCGCCAGUCACUCUAUGACCUCUGGGAAUACUACCUGCCCUACCUCUACUCCUGCAUCUCGCUCUUUGGAGUGCUGCUGCUGCUGCUGUGCACCCCCUUUGGCCUCUCCACCAUGUUUACUGUCAUGGGGCAGCUGCUGGUGAAGCCCUGGGUAAGGUGUUGUGACCCCCCGGGCGUGCCUGGUCCCACAUCCUGGGUGCAGGGUGCACCCACCCCCCUCCUGCCUGCUGCUCAUGGGCUCCUCACCCAUCCCCAGCUCCUGGAAGACCUGGACGAGCAGUUGAGCUGCACAAGGCUGGAGGAAGCCACCGUGUCCCGCAGGAUCUGCUCUGGCAAAGCUUCCUGCUGGCUCAACUUGAACAUGGAGCUGCUGCAGGAGCAGCUCUUCACCAUCCGGAGCAAGAGGCGGAAGCUGGAGCUGCGGCACCAAGCAUCUCCCUGGCAGAGGAACCUGGGCUACCCCCUGGCCAUGCUGGGCCUCCUGGCGCUGACUGGCACCUCUGUGCUCAUCGUCUGCUUCCAUGUCCUGGAGCUGAUGCUGGAUGAUGCCGCGAUGCCACGGGGCAUUCAGCAGGACGCCUCCUUGGGCCAGGUCUCCUUCUCCAUCUUCGGCUCCUUUGGAGCUGCCCUCCAGGUCAUCCUCAUCCUGUAUCCUUCCAGCGGGCACUUGUGGCCCCAGCGCUGUCCCCAGGGUUGCCCGUUCUCCUCCUUAACACCCCUCGCAGAUCAUCGGGAACUGCGUCUCACUGCUGGUGCUCAGCUCGGCCCUGCCCGUCUUCUCCAGGACACUGGGGAUCACCCGUUUCGACCUCCUGGGGGACUUUGGCCGCUUCAACUGGUUGGGGAACUUCUACAUUGUGUUCCUGUACAACAUGGGCUUCGCGGCCCUCACCACCCUCUGCCUGGUCAAGAGGGUGUCAUGGGCCGUCCAGGCCGAGCUCAUCCACGCCUUCGGUCUGCACAAGCUGCCUCUGCCUAUGCCGUGCUCCCGGCGCCUCACCCAGCCCUGCUAGUGCUGGGGACAGGGACGUGCCACCCUCUGUCACUGCACGGUCCCAAUGGUGCUUCAGGGACAUUGGAGCCCCCUCCGGGGAGGGCUGAGGCUCUGCAGGGGGGAGCUGCCCGUUUCCAGCUGCGUUGCUGAGCCUUGGCCUUGAGCCGCGUCCUUGUCACAGCCCGCCCUGGAGCUGCGCUGGCAGCAGCUCCCCCCUGUCCCGUUUACAUACCUCAUGUAAAAGCAUCAUAGAGACACUAUGAGGAGGGGCGCGUGGUCCCUCCAUGCCCAGAAUCACCCCGUGUCACACUAGGGGGGGACACUGGUUGUCCCCCACCUCCAGGCCUUUGGCCUCCCCAAGGGAGGAGCAGGGCUGAGGUUGAGCCCCCCCUGGUGUGAUGAGUCUGUCAGGUCUCUGUUACCAUCGAACUUGGUUGGAGCAAUAAAGAGUCUCCUUUUUUUUAUACAGAAA